GUUUUUCCUUAACAGAGACAGGGAAAACGACUUUAGCGUGACCUAUACACAUAAAAUUCCAAAAACAAAAACACAGUGAAGUCUCUUAACCCCCCCACCCCCACCACUUUCUCUGUGUGUAAAAAAAUAAAUUAGGCCUACAUAUCUACUUCUAUAUAUAGAUGCAUGUAUAAUCUUGAGAAUAUUUAGUCAAAAAAUAACUUUUUUUAGCUUUGCAUAUGAAUGUAUAGUCACAAAAAUAAAAUUUGUGAGCUUAAGGGGGUUUUUCUUCAGUUUCUGUCAUCCCAAAAAAGAAAGCUGGAGACUGGGUUGCGAAUUACCUCACUAUCAACUAUCCAAAUGCAACCAUGGUGGCAGGGUUAUGGUGGUAAUACUAUGCCUUUGGCAAGUGAAAAUCCCGUUGCCCAGGGCAAAUCUGAAGGUAGCAAUAAGGAAAAAAAAACAAAGUUCCUAGCCGUGGAAUCUGGAUCAGAUGGAAAUAGCGAGCAAUACAAUCAGAACCUCAAGAAUAUUGCACCCACAACUGCUGUCAUCAUGGCUGAGCAGCAGAAGGAACUCACAGGUCAUUCAGCUAUGUUGACGCCGUAUCCAUAUCCAGAUAUGCAGUAUGGGGGAAUGAUGACUUAUGGGGCACCUGUACAUCCUCACUUAUUCGAAAUUCAUCAUGCCCGAAUGCCUUUGCCUCUUGACAUGGAAGAGGAACCUGUCUACGUGAACGCGAAACAGUACCAUGGUAUUUUAAGGCGAAGGCAGAUAAGAGCUAAAGCGGAGCUUGAAAGGAAAGCUAUUAAAGCGAGAAAGCCAUAUUUGCAUGAAUCUCGGCAUCAGCACGCUAUGAGAAGGGCAAGGGGAUCUGGAGGCCGUUUUCUGAAUACUAAAAAGCCCAAUGACAAGGACCAUACACCUGAGGAGACUCAAAAAUAUGGGGCAACCAUUCCAACUCACUCUGGCAACUCAUCAGGUUCCGGGAGUUCUGACCAAGGGGGAAAGGAAGGAUAUACAGUUCAAGAUAUGCACAAAGGAGACAGACACAGUUUCUCAACUGGCAAUGGCCAUGGUUCAUCUGUGUAUUUUGCCCAGAGCGCUGCAAGUGAGCAAGGGAAUGGCCACUACAGUCGUGGAAAUUGGAGCCUGCUGGUCAAUCAGGCUUCUCAGGGGGCAGCAUCCAGAAAUUAAGAAGCUCCUCUCCGCUGAUGGAGGGGUCAGCCCAGCAUUUUCUCAUGCCAUGGGGUCCAUUUUUUGCAUCGUUCAUGCAGGCAAUGCUGAAACUACAUGCGAGGUGAUUUCACCGUGACAUGGUCUAUGCUCAGGCAAUUCAUUCUUGGCUUGGUUACUUGUACUAUAUGAGCGGCGAUGGGGAAGAGAAGUGUAUAUGGCGAGUAUGACAUGUUACAAAUUUGCCAUUUAUGUGUCUCUCCCCUUGACCUUUUAUGUAAAUAAAGAAAAAUAUAUUUCAGAAUGUAGGACUAGAAGCAGUAUGGAAUCUGAUAAUGCUGCAGCAUCUUGAAUGUGUGUGGCUAUUUGUUGGAUGAGUUUGUAAAAUUGACGUACUGUGGAAUUGCUUUUCUGCUGUUUGCUUGAUUUCUCAAUGAGGAUCUGAUCCUCUCGACCAUUGAAAACUUCUACACCAUUGAAUGAUUAUGCCUUUUUAUCUAUUAAA